ACAUAUAUAUAUAUGUAGUUCGUUGAUAGGAAAGUUACUGGCGCGACUUAUACUCUCGUACGCGAGAGUUUUGUCCAGAUCGGACGAAACGAAUCGAGCCUAGAACUUGCUUGCAGUUUAUAGUCCUUGCAAGAAUAACUUCUGAAUCAGUUAUUCGAUUAUCAGAGCUACGGAAUGUUUGUUGCUUUGAUUCGAAAAUCAUAAAUUCCUUUUUUUUGCAAUAUGCAUUGUCCGGAUUAGUUCUUUUUUUUUUUUCUAUACUCAUACGUGAGCCUGUACGUACGGUUUUGAUAGAAAAAUCGGGAAAUACUAUAAGACAUUGUCUACCUUAAAUGUGUCCAUCGGUUUCUCUUCCCGUUCUUAGUCUAAUCAUUAUCACAAAAUGUUAUGUGACGUACCGAUGGAUGCAAAUGGAAAUGGGAAGCGGGAUUUUCCACGUGUAGGUUACCGACGAAAAGUUGAUCCAGAUGUAAGUGAGGAUGAACCAAAAAGUGUAGAUUUGGAUUUUGUUUAUGACGAUGCUGAUACACAUGCCAAUGAGAUCGCUGAAUUAUAUAGCUAUACCGAACAAUACGAGUUGCAACUUAAUCUCAAAGCAUUUGAAGAUCAAAUGGAAUGGUAUAAGCUAUGUCCUUGGUGGCAAAAGUUAGAUGCAUCUCAAAAAAAAUCAGUUGUAUAUAAAUUGUUAGAUCAGUUGGAAGUAUCCAAUAAACAAUUAAGGAUGAAAGCUGCGCGUUGUAUUUUAUAUUUAGUUCAAGGCUGUUGGGCUGAGGUACAAUCUGACAAAGAACAGCAAGACUGGACAAGAAAAAAUGUUAUGUUGCUUUAUGAAGCUGGUGUCUUUCCAGCAUUUGUAGAGCUUUUAAAUAUUGAAAUUGAAAACAGUACAACUGCUAGCUUAGCUAUGAGGAAGUUAGCUGUUAGUCUUGCAGAUUCUGUUGACUUGAGAAUAAUUCUGUCUGUUUUAUAUAUCAUCACAGAAGUUAUGAGAGAAGAAAUAAAAAGUAAAGAGUACAGUGUUUAUGUAGAUUAUGUUGAAUCUUUUAAAGAGGAACUUGUAAAUCCAUAUGGUGAGGAAUUACUUAUCGUAAAACUUCUUGGUAUGGUGACUUGUUUUUGUAGUGGAUCUGCUCCCCAUUUUCCUAUAAAAAAAGUUCUUUUACUUUUAUGGAAAUUAAUAUUAGUUUCUUUGGGUGGUAUCGAUACGCUCAGAAAAUUAAAGAAAAAAUAUAGAGAGGAAGCUGGUCUUGAUACAGAACAAGAAGAUACAAUAGAAGUAGCAAGAACCAUGAGGGCUAGUUCUCCUCCUGCUAGUGCACCAGAUUUAAUAGAAACGCAGAAUCAGAAAUGUAAUAAAAGACCUCUUAGACGGAGUUUAAUGAAGCAAAGUUCAUUAGACGAGCCAGGCUUAGGUAUGGAAUACGAGGGUGGAGAACCAGGAAAUAAUGCUGCGGCAAAUGAAGGUGAAGGAGAGAUGGUCAACCUCAUAAGUCAACCAGGUAUUCCUGGUUGGAAUCAAACUUACUAUGAAGAUCAAAAUAAUCAAUCUCAAUUAAGGCCUUACACUCCACAGAUGAACAAAGGUCUACCUUGGACACCAAAAGUAAGACAGAAAGAUGUUGAUACGUUCCUGGAAGUGUCCAGACUUAAAUUCGUUGGUUAUAAAUUACAAGGAGAUAGAGAGAGUUUAGCUGGUUUACCCCAACCAAUACAUGAGGGUGUCAACACGCUUAAAAGACAUAUGUAUACAUCUUUAGCUGAAGUUCAAAUUCAAGAGGAGGAAGAAAUAGCUAGAAAUCCAAUGAGCACUCCAGAACCUCCUCUUCGUCAAACUCCAACAGAAAUUUUAUAUCAGGCCAUAUUACCCAAUCUUCCACAGUACAUGAUUGCAUUAUUAAAAAUUUUACUUGCCGCUGCACCAACUAGUAAAGCUAAGACGGAUAGUAUUAAUAUAAUGGCCGAUGUUUUGCCAGAAGAAAUGCCAAUGACAGUUUUGCAGUCAAUGAAAUUAGGAAACGAUGUUAAUAGACAUAAAGAAAUCAUUGUUAAAGCAGUUUCUGCUAUUUUACUUCUUCUAUUAAAACAUUUCAAAUUGAAUCAUAUAUAUCAAUUUGAAUUUAUGUCCCAACAUUUAGUAUUUGCUAACUGUAUACCUCUUGUGUUGAAGUUUUUGAAUCAAAACAUUCUAUCGUAUAUAGAAGCAAGACAUGUAAUUCCUCUUUUGGACUUUCCUAUGUGCGUUAUUGGCGAUCAACCAGAACUAACGCCUGAAAGUCUUGAAAUUGGGGACAAUCAAACGUAUUCUUGGCGUAAUAUUUUUUCAUGUAUUAAUUUAUUAAGAAUUUUGAAUAAAUUAACCAAAUGGAAACACAGUAGAAUUAUGAUGCUAGUGGUUUUUAAAUCAGCACCCAUUUUAAAACGUACAUUAAAAGUAAGACAUGCUAUGAUGCAAUUAUACGUUCUAAAAUUGUUAAAAAUGCAAACUAAAUAUCUUGGACGACAAUGGCGGAAAACGAAUAUGAAAACUAUAAGUGUAAUUUAUGCAAAAGUUAGGCAUCGUCUUAACGAUGACUGGGCCUAUGGUAAUGAUUUAGAAGCACGACCAUGGGAUUUUCAAGUUGAGGAAUGUGAAUUACGUACUUGUGUUGAUCAGUUUAAUAAUCGACGAUAUUCCAAUGCUCCUAAAGACGAAGAAUUAGAACCCGUUGAUACGUCUGUUACCUCUGUACUUGGAACGAACGUAAAAUUAACAGAAGAAUUCAAACAGCAUUACGAAUUAUGGUUACAACAAGAAGUGUUUCAAAGAAGUAUUAAUUGGGAUGAACUGUUGGAUCCUGAAGCUUGUGAAAUUUAAACUUUGAAUAAGUGUAAAGUAUAAAAAUAGUAUUUUCAUCAAUUGAUAGACCUGGAUCAAAUUUUGACAUUUUUACAAAUCAUAUACUACUGUGAAAAGUGUUCAAAGACAUUGCCAUAUCAACAUUUGAUUAUGAACUGAUUUAUUUUUAAUUUGUAUACGUUGUAAUGGAUGGCUCUAAUAUAGCAAAUGUUUAUAGAAUAAACUAGCUAAUUUUAGAGUGAAUGUUCAUAAAUUGCAACAUAAGUUCUUAUUUUAUGUUUCUUUAUUUAUAUUUAUCCAUUGUAUUAUUUAUGCAAUCUCUAACGUUGAUGGCAACAAAAUUUAUUUCUUGAAUACUAAUUGAUAAGUGGGUAUAUUAUCCUCUUCUCUAUAUGUAAUUAUUAAAGAUUAAGAAAUUAUAUUACAAUUUAUCACUUCAUAUUUUCACAUUAUAUCAUCUAGCUUUAUAUACAUUUAUUUAUAAUAACGCAACGGAUAUAUUUCCCGAUAUACAAUAUGUAUUAUACCAAAUUGAACUUUCCAUAUUUUAUAUGAGUUUUAUAUGUACCCACCUUUUCCAUUAUAACAGUGACAAUAUGCAAAAUUAUAACGUUUUAGAACAUUGAUGUUCAAUUACAGAAACUUAAUUAAUUCAGUCCAUUUUUGUUUAUUGCAAAAAAAAAAAAAAUAAAAAAUAUAUAAAUUUUAUUGACUUAUAUAAUCCAAAUGUAAUUGAUCUUUUUGUAUAAAAAAAAAAAAAAAAAAAAAAAAGAAAAAAAAAAGAAAAAAAAAGAAAGAGCCGAAGAGAAAUAACAUAGCACUAUAUUUAAAUGUAUAGUAUCAUACCACAUACACAUCACAAUUGGCUUGUCAUAAUAUUCAAAACAACAGACAUGAAAAAUUUGAGAUACAAAAAUAUCUGAUUAAACUUUAUCUAAUUAGAUUUGAACGAUGCCAAGCCGAUAAACAUCUCUCUUCCUCUCUCAUUUAUGUUGUUUAACUGAUGUAUAUUAUCUAUAUUUCAAGUGAUUGGCACAAUGUUUAAAUUGUCAAGAUUUAAUAAAAGUAUGACAUAAGUAGAAA